AGCUCCGUUGACCGUGGAGACUUUUUGCGCGGAUUUUGCGUUCAUCUAUUUGAACGACAUGGACUUUUACGACCACAUCGUUUUAGACAACAGCUCAGACUCCGGGUCUGGAGACUUUGACUUUGACGAACUCUGUGACCUAACAGUCAGCAAUGACUUCCAAAAGAUCUUCCUCCCUACUGUAUAUGGGAUUAUAUUUGUCCUGGGAAUCAUUGGCAAUGGACUUGUGGUGCUUGUGAUGGGCUUCCAAAAGAAGUCAAAGAACAUGACAGACAAGUACAGGUUGCACCUCUCCAUCGCCGAUCUCCUGUUUGUCCUCACUUUACCCUUUUGGGCUGUGGAUGCAGCCAGCGGAUGGCAUUUUGGGGGAUUUCUGUGUGUCACUGUCAAUAUGAUCUACACUCUGAAUUUGUACAGCAGCGUGCUGAUUCUGGCCUUCAUCAGCCUGGAUAGGUAUCUGGCGGUUGUCCGUGCCACAAACAGCCAGAACUUUAGGAGGGUGCUUGCAGAAAGGGUGAUCUACCUUGGAGUUUGGCUCCCGGCGACACUACUCACUGUGCCCGAUCUGGUGUUCGCCAAAGUCCACAAUACGGGCAUUAAUACGAUCUGCGAGCUCACCUACCCACACCAAGCGAACAUGGUGUGGAAGGCUGUGUUCCGCUUCCAGCACAUCAUCGUUGGCUUUUUGCUGCCUGGUCUGAUCAUUCUGACCUGUUACUGUAUCAUCAUCUCAAAACUGUCCAAGAACUCCAAAGGUCAGGCCCUGAAGAGGAAGGCUCUGAAGACAACUGUCAUCCUCAUCCUCUGCUUCUUCAUCUGUUGGCUGCCUUACUGUGCCGGCAUCCUGGUGGACACUCUGGUGAUGUUGAAUGUCAUUUCUCACAGCUGUUUCCUGGAGCAGGGUCUGGAGAAAUGGAUCUUCUUCACUGAGGCGCUAGCAUACUUCCAUUGCUGUCUCAACCCCAUCCUUUAUGCUUUCCUGGGAGUCAAGUUCAGUAAAUCUGCCCGUAACGCUCUGAGCAUCAGCAGUAGAUCAAGUCACAAGAUGUUGACCAAGAAAAGAGGUCCUAUAUCAUCAGUAUCUACUGAGUCCGAGUCAUCCAGUGUCCUGUCCAGUUAAUGGACACUUGAACAUAAAACUUUCCUACGUGGAUGACUAAGCUUUCAUUUUUAUUUAUUUUUUUUUUAAAAGGACUUUACUACACUUUUGUAUAUUGUAAUCUGUAAGUUGUGUUGUUAAUUGUUAUUUU